UUCCGUAUUUACAUCCAAAAUGCCACUCCGUCACCCAAAUCGUUUUCUUGCCUAUUCCCCUUUCCAUCCCCUCGUUCUCUCCCCACCCCGUCUCCCGAGCGAGCAGCCUGAUCCAGCGCCGCCUGCGGGUGCCGCCGGCCCGCCUCCCCCGGAUCCGCCGCCUCCGCCGGCCCCCGAACUUCUCCUCUGUUGGCCCGCCUACGCCGGACCACUGACCGACGCCCAACACAUGAAGCCUCCACAUAUACGACGGCGACUUCGUCUCCACGGACGGCGGCGACCACCUCUCCACGGACGUCGGCCCAUCUCCCCCUCCGUCGACCCACGCUGCUUCCUCUGUUGGCCGACGCCCGAAGGCUCCCCUGCGAUUUCUCCAUCGAGGCAGACCCGCCCAAGCAGAUUUGUUCUCCCAUUCCUCCCGAUUUGUUCUUAGUUUUCCUUUUUAGGAAUUUACGAUUUCUGAUGUAUGAAUUAGAUAAGAUACUGCUCUUAAUUUCUCUGCCACACAAUUUUGAAAUUAGGUAUUUUACAUUGAAAACAACUCUUAAACUUGCACUCUGCACUUAUAUCAGCAAACUCGACACUUAAUCAAAUUUGCAGCAAACAGAGACAUUUCAGACAUUCCACACCCAUCCAGCUGCAACCACAGUUAAAGUUAAAUAAUAGUAUUUUACGCCAAAACUGACUCUUAAACUCCAUUUGCGUUUACAUCGUCAAACUCAGCGUUUAAUAAAAAAUUGCAGCAAACAUGGGCAUUACACACAUUCCACUUCCAUACAGGAGCAGCCACAGUUUCACUAUCAUGCUAAACGAACAGCAAGUCAGGUUCAGCUCCAGCCUUCCAGCUCCAGCAGAAAAUUAGCCUUUUCCAGCUCCAGUUAGCUUGAGUUCAGCUCCAGCCUAAACAAAGGCAGUCCUGAAAACUCCUCUUCUCGGUUUCGUUGGGCUUUCCAAGGGAAAAGGGCCUAUUUCUCGACCGCAACUUCAGUCAUAUGGGCCGGCCCAAUAACUUAAUCAGCAAAUGAGGCUACUUGUACCGGUUGACCGAUUCGAGCACAAGCCACGAUGUUCAGGACAUUCGUGCAUCAGAGGUCAGAUUUUCCUAAAAAAAUCUAGAUGUCGGAUUACAAGUGACGUGAUCCUAGUGUAAGUUUGCAUCAACCUGCAGGAAAGAGACAUGCUUUAGAGGAUGGUCCAUGGAACUUUGGGAAUGAUUUGUUAGUAAUGGAGGAUUUUGUUGCGGAUAAGACUGUCGAUGAGUAUGAGUUUGCUUAUGUCCCAAUCUGGAUUAGGGUGUCAAUUUUCCGAUGGGAAGAAUGACUAGGCAGGCGGGGGAGAUGAUUGGAGAUGUGGUGGGCGAAACUCUGGAUGUUGAUGUGGGUGAAGAUGAAACGGCCAUAGCACGUAUUUUUCGUAUUAAGGUGAAGCUGCAGAUUGAUAGACCUUUGAUGCGUGGUAUUACUAUAGAAAGAGAGGAGGAGGAGGACAAAGCUGCUGGCCAGAUGGAUGCAGGGAAAAAGGAAAAGGAGGAUCGCUGGUGUGCGUUUACCUAUGAGUAUCUCCCUGAAUUUUGCUAUACCUGUGGUAUAAUUGGUCAUACGUACAAGAGAUGUAUUAGAAAACUUUCAGUUUGGAAGUGGAAUUCAGUAUGUGCCACCGAGGCAAUCGACCAGCUGGGGUGAUCGUCCAGCUUGGCGAGAAGGGAGGCAUUCGGGGAACGUGCAUUAUGUCCCUCCGGGACAGGGCAGUGGAAGUUCUGAUUGGAGGAAGGAUAAACAAGUGGCCCGUGGGCAUGAUGAGGCUGCUACCACUGAUGCUCGACAGGCAGAAAUGAAUGAAAAGAUGAAGAAGCAGCUCGCUCCGACAGUUUCGGUGCAGCCACUAGGGGGACAGGGAAGAGAGGGAGCUUCACAGAAUACCGAGCCAGGGGCCGAUGUGGACGUGAACAGUAGCAUACAGUCCAUGCAAAGUGACGGGAAGGGUGAGAUAGAUGAUGCUGGCAACUCACCGGAGAAGGGGAAGGCUGAACUAGGUGACAACAUGAAAAAAGGCAAAACUUACAAGAAGCUGCAAGGUAGACGAAGUAACAAUAAAUCAAACGAACGUUUGGGUGACAUUGGUGGACAGAAGAGGGACAGAGGGGACGUGGAAGACUUGGGGUAAGGGGACCCAAAAAGAACUAAAAAGCAUGCUAAGAUGUCAGAUGCUGAUUUUGAAAAGAUGAAUGCCGGGCUGUCGGAACAGCUCCGCAAAGACCAAUGAAGAUAGUCGUUUGGAAUUGCCGAGGAUUGGGGAAUAGGCCGGCAAUUCGAGGUCUUCUGGAACUGCAGAAGAAGGAGGGCCCUGAUAUUCUGUUCUUGUCUGAAACUAAGCUGGACAAGAGGAGGAUGGAGAAGUUUCGUAACAUGUUAGGAUUGCAAGGUAUGCUGGUCCGUGAUUGUGAAGGAAGAAGUGGGGGUGUUGCAUUAUUUUGGAGGCGUGGGGUGGAUGUAUCGCUGAGAUGGAUGGGAAGGGGACAUAUUGGUGUUGAAGUGUUGGAGCAGGAUGGUUUCAAAUGGAGGCUGACGGGUCUAUAUGGCAGUCCACGAACUGAAGAAAAGAAGCUUACUUUGCGUCUUCUUCGGACGUUGCAUCAGCAAGCUGAUCUCCCAUGGGUGUGUCUUGGUGAUUUCAAUGAAAUUCUGUUCGCUCAUGAGAAACAAGGUGGGGCACCUCGAGCCCAAUCAUGUUUGGAUAAUUUUAGAGAUGUGCUUGUUUUCUGUGGCUUAAAGGACCUCGGUUUUGAGGGAGAUGUUUUUACUUGGCGUAAUAAUAAUCACCGAGUUGACGGGUAUAUUCGUGAGAGGCUUGAUCAUGUAGUUGCAAAUAUGUCUUGGUGUGAUCGUUGUGCAGAUUACCGGGUCCGUAAUAUUGAUCCUGAACAUUCAGAUCAUAGGCCUAUUGCUCUUACUAUCAAUGAAGGAAGUAGAAGGUCUGGGAGAAGCUUUGGACAGCAGGUCAUACGUUUUGAAGCUCGAUGGCUUUUAGAGGAAGAUUGUGAGGCCGUGGUACAGAACGCCUGGGAUAUGGCAGGGCUUCGUGGUCAGGUUUCUGCUUCAGAGAGGCUUUGUGUCGUGUCCAAGGACCUGCAUGACUGGAUCCGCAAUGUGUUGGGGGACCUACAGAAGCGCAUAAAGGAACUGAAGGAUGAAUUGGAAGCUUGUAGGAGAGAGGAUAUUUCAGCGCGGUCUGGCCAAAGGGAGCAGGUUCUUCGCUUCAAACUUGAAAGACUGGAAGAUCAACAUGAUCUUGUGUGGAGACAACGUGCCCAUGUCCACUGGCUGGAGAAAGGGAUGGACUGAAACAAUUGUUGUGCUCAUCCCGAAGGUUCAGAAUCCAGAACGUAUGAAGGAUCUACGCCCAAGCAGUCUCUGCAAUGUCGUGUACAAGCUUGUCUCGAAGGUGUUGGCGAACCGGCUAAAGUGUAUCUUGGGAGAUAUCAUUUUAGAGAAUCAAAGCGCUUUUGUGCCUGGACGCUUGAUCUCAGAUAAUACCAUAUUGGCAUAUGAGAUGACACAUUAUAUGAAAAGGAAGAGAUCAGGUACUGCGUAUGCAGCUUUGAAGUUAGAUAUGAGUAAAGCCUAUGAUCGUGUUGAAUGGAAUUUUCUAAGAGAAGUGCUGGUGAAGUUGGGUUUCUGUGAUGGUUUCGUCGCUAAUAUUAUGAAAUGUGUCACCACAGUUAAAUACCGAUUCUGUGUUAAUGGUGCAUUGACAGUACAACUUGUUCCGCGCCGAGGUAUUCGCCAAGGAGACCCUAUUUCGGCCAUGCUGGUCCAUGCUGAAACUGCAGGGAGCAUAACAGGCAUCAAAUUAUGUAUGGCGGCACUAGCGGUAAACCACCUACUUUUCGAAGAUGACUCUAUGCUUUUGUUAGAGACCAGGGAGGAUUCAGCCCAUGCAAUUAAUAAUAUCCUGCAUAUCUAUGAGCAAGGUUCAGGGCAGGUCAUAAAUCGAGACAAGUCUCCUAUCAUGUUUAGCACCAAUUGCUCGCGUCGGACUCGGAGUAGUAUCAUGCAUAUACUCGGGCUCCGAGCGGAGUUGACCGAAGGAAAGUACCUGGGGCCGCCCACCUAUAUUGGAAGAUCAAAAACUGAAUGCUUCAGCUAUCUGAAGGAGCGAGUUUGGAAGCACAUACAAGGGUGGAAAGAGAAAGUUCUUCUAGAGCCGGAAAGGAGAUUAUGAUUAAAGCGAUUGCUCAAGCUAUACCUACGUAUGCUAUGUCUUGUUUCGAUUUAACAAAGAGCCUUUGUGAUGAUAUUAGUCAGCUUAUUUGUCGGUAUUGGUGGGACCAAGAUGAUGAUAAGCACAAAAUGCAUUGGGUUGGUUGGGAUCGUUUAAAGUUGCCAAAGCAUGAAGGGGGGCUGGGUUUCAGAGAUUUGCAUUCAUUUAAUAUGGCUCUUCUAGCCAAACAGGCUUGGCGUAUUAUGCAAGCUCCUGGGUCACUUUGUGCAAGAAUACUACAGGCAAAAUAUUUUCCAAAUGGCAACAUCUUGACAGCUGAACCUGUGACUGGAAUGAGCUAUGUUUGGAGAAGUAUCCUCAAAGGAGUUGAUCUUGUGAAAGAUGGUCUAAUUUAUCGAGUUGGGAAUGGAGAAAAUAUCAAGAUCUGGUCUGAUCCGUGGAUCGCCAAUGGUUUGUUGAGGCGAGUGAGAGGGCUGCGGUGGUUGUAUCCUCACAUAUGUCGUUGAACUUAUUGACCCCAAUACUGGUGCGUGGGAUGUGGAUCUAGUCAGAGAUACCUUGCCCCCUGAUGAUGCUGACAUUGUGCUUAAAAUCCCGGUAUAUGAAGAUGCUGAAGAUUUCCCGGCUUGGCACUUUGAUCCGAGGGGAAUUUUUUCUGUGAAAUCUGCUUAUAAAGUCCACAUGUAUGGCCGUAUGAGGGACGAACGAUCAUCAUCGUCAUUGCCGGAUGGUGAACAGUGGAAGGCGACAGUGUGGAAUGGCCUGUGGAGCUUUGACUGUCCCCCAAAAACGCGUCAUUUCUUGUGGCGUUUCAGUCUGAAUUCUCACCCCCUUCGGAUGAAUAUUGCAAGAAGGGGAGUUGAGCUUGAUACUCGAUGUGCAGUUUGCCAUACACUUUUUGAAGAUGGUAAUCAUCUAUUCUUUAAGUGCAAGCUGGUGAAAAUGAGGUGGCGUGCCUUGAAUCUGGAGGAGGUACGGCUCAAGUUGAGUUUGUGUACCACCUCGUUGGCAGUCACUCUGAUUGUAUCUUGCAUUUGCCAAGGAAGGAUGCUAGUUUGGCUGUGGCUUUCUUAUGGUGUUGGUGGUCGGAGAGGAACAAAUCCAAUCGUGGGGAAAAUAUGGCAUCCGUUGAGGAGUUUCAGUUUUUGGUUACACAUCAUGCAGACGAAUGGAAUGCGGUCUUGAGGAAGGAUAAAGAAACUGUUGCUCGACUGAUCCCUUCCUGGAGCUUGCCGCCUGAAGAUUUUGUUAAAAUUAACUGUGAUGGGGCGUAUCAUGCAGAGAGUGCGAGCGGUGGCUGGGGGUGCAUCGCCAGGGAUAGCGCCGGGGAUGUCCUGUUUGCUGCAGCAGGACGUCUGCCUCACGCGUCGGAGGCCUUACAAGCUGAAGCUGAAGCAGUCAUUCGCGCUAGCCUUUAUGCUGAGCAGAUGGGGAUGGGAAGAAUUAUCAUUGAGACCGACUAUCAAAUUCUGAAGCCUCUUCUCUCGUCGGAUCAUGAUGCAGGUCCGUUGGGAGCGAUGUUCAGGGAGGCCAAGUUUAUCCUCCGGAUGGGUUUUAUUGUUUUUCGAGUUUGUCAUAUUUCUCGGGUCUGUAAUAAACCGGCACAUGUGCUGACUGCUUUGGGUUCACAGAGUGUCCAAGCUGAACAUUUGGCGUGGCUUGAGAACCUACCGUCAGAUGUAGCUCGUCUAGCGACCGGCGAUCUUGUCGCGUGUCUGCAAGUUAACUGGAAUGCGUGCGUUUUUCCUACAAAUGAUGUUGCUGUGAAGAAGAAUGGUAUAGACAGGUUAGGCUUGCGA